UGUUAAAAUUUCAAGAAUAGAGCCAUUGAGAGGUCGAAUGAUGCUGUAUUUGGGUUUGAUGGAGAAAUGGAAAAAGUGCGCGGGGGCAAUACAGUAAACACGCGCGCCAUGCCCAUGGGGAAACCGUGACCUCUUGCAACCUUGUGUCUCGGCUGUCACAGGGUUUGCAAAUUGGAAAAUUCCUCUCGUUUUGCGCCAGGCCUCUCUGUUCAUUAGAUCGGCCAAACGUCCGACUCUUCUUUUUUUUUUUUUUUCUUUUGGAAAUCAGUUGUACCUGAGCUUCACCUCACCUUGCUCAACCCGGCUCCACUUGCACCAACUUGGAUUGCGUAACGCUUCACGCUCUGGACUCGAAUUUGCCUGUCAACCCAUGGAAAGAAAUCUUCAACUUAAUUUGUAUAGUGGAUUGCUGAUCUAUCGUACAACAAGAAACACAGAAUUCCUUUUAUAUAACGAUACAUUUUCAAACAAGAGACACUGGGGACCUCCUAAGGGACGCGUAAUUGGCCAAGAAGAUGAAAAAAAAUGUGCUUUAAGAGCAGCGUUUGAGAUCAUUGGUCUGAAUCCAAAGGAUCUACGUAUAGAAGAGGGUUUUAAAAUCGAAGUGAAAUACCUUUCUGGUACAAAACCCAAAAAAGUGAGCUACUAUCUAGCUCAAGCUCUAGAUCCGCACAGUCGCAUUCCACCCAAUGCUGAGGGGUUACAUAUACAAUGGUGCAAUUUGCAAGUGGCCGUAGAUAAGGCUGCGUUUCGCAAUAUGCAAGAGGUCUUUACCCACGCAUGUAGCUUUGUCGAGAGCAAGAAGAAAGCAAGACAGCAAGCGCGUAGAAAGACAGGCGAAUCACCCCGUUCUAAUUACGGAUUUAAUUCACCUUACUCUUCGAGCACAGCUCAUUCUGAAGCGGCUGAAGCGACCGCUGUAGAUGGCGUUGCUGGUGUGAAAUCACAGCUCAAGGGCCUAAACAUCACCCCUUUACAAGAUUCGCUAUCGCCCCGUCAAUCCGGCUUCAGUCAAACUACUGACGACCGAGGACUGCCCACACAGCAUGCGGGCGAUCACAGGCUCAGCCGAGAAUUGAUGCCAGAUCAUCAAGACAAGAGUGGCAAGUCGCUCAGUGCCAACCCAUUGUACAAAACCAGGUUAUGCGAAAGGUUUGAAACGGAAGGAUACUGUCCAUAUGAAGGGAAAUGUACCUUUGCUCAUGGCAACACUGAACUCCGUGAAAGAAUAGCAGACGCCGUUGAGGAUAAGCCUAGUGCCAAAACCGAGUCCACCGACGGCAAUAACCUCUUCAAAACACGACUGUGUGAGCGAUAUAUGAAGGGCAUGUUUUGUCAAUAUGGUCCCAAAUGCAAUUUUGCACAUGGGGUUACUGAAUUAAAGCAACGCCCUGCUCCUAUCAAGGAGAAACCCAGAGUACAUGAAGUCGAUGACCAAGCCUCAAGGUUCAGGAUGCCUAGAACCCGAGACUCACCUCAUCCAGAGCAUACCCAUGCUAGUGUAGAUGUUCCUAGCUCUCCAGUGACCCCCUCGCAACCCCGAGUAGACUCACCCGGGCGUAUAAUUGAAAAGCCUAUGACCCCUGAGAGCCCUACUGCAAGCCUACCUGGCAAACCGCAGACGAUUGAAUUCGAUACUGCUACCCAGCAAGAUGGUGGAAGUGGCUUGGUUAAGCCCAAGCUUGUGCAAUAUGAACACAAGCUUCCGCCAUUAGCCAAACCCCCCACCCCUGGCUAUAAUUCUCGAAAGCAAGUCGAUGAUAAGGUGCCGCUGAAAUCAGCAUUAAAUGGGAUGGCCGAUGCCUAUGAAAAAACAAAAAUCAAAGUCGUUGAACUUUCCAAGGACGAGCGAGACAUGUUGCCAAUGUAAAUUGAAUAUGUGACUGACUUGGAAAAUUGUACACCACCUUGUACUUAACUCUUUUCAUUCCUUCUCCUAGUGCCUUACCCAAGCCCA